CUUAACGUCACAAAAAUAUCCUGCCCCGUUCCCCCUCCUUUUCACCGUUUUUACCCUUCCCUUCCUAUUUUCACUCUUCUCCCCUCUGUCUGCUUCGUUGUCGACCACCAUACCUUCCAAAAAAACUAUCCGUCUCCCCCCAAAAAAGCUUUCUUACUAUAUAUUCACACUCUCUUCUCCUCUCUCCCCGCUCCCUCCCUCUCUUUAAUACAGACACAACCGUCCUUAAUCCUUAUCCUCCGGCCCAGCCAUUCUUCCGUUCGUCGGCCUGCUCUCCCACCCCUAAGAUCCGACAAUGAGAGAAAUCCUGCACAUCCAGGGCGGCCAGUGCGGCAACCAAAUCGGCUCCAAGUUCUGGGAGGUCAUCUGCGACGAGCACGGCGUCGACCCGACGGGGAGGUACAACGGCGACGAGGCCUCCGAUCUCCAGCUCGAGAGGAUCAACGUCUACUACAAUGAGGCGUCCGGCGGCCGCUACGUCCCCCGCGCCGUGCUCAUGGAUCUGGAGCCUGGCACCAUGGACAGCAUCAGAUCUGGUCCUUACGGCCAGAUCUUCCGCCCCGACAACUUCGUCUUCGGGCAGUCCGGCGCCGGGAACAACUGGGCCAAAGGUCAUUACACGGAGGGAGCCGAGCUCAUCGAUUCCGUCCUCGAUGUCGUUCGCAAGGAGGCCGAGAACUGUGAUUGCUUGCAAGCCAAAACGUUUGAAGAUGUGAGCUGUAUGAUCAUGGCCCCCACCAUUGAUAUUACUGACUUAAUUUCAUUACCAGGUUUUCAGGUAUGCCAUUCGCUUGGAGGGGGCACAGGUUCUGGCAUGGGAACCCUUUUGAUCUCUAAGAUCAGAGAGGAGUAUCCCGACCGGAUGAUGCUCACAUUCUCGGUCUUCCCUUCGCCCAAGGUCUCAGACACCGUGGUGGAGCCCUACAACGCCACUCUCUCUGUCCAUCAGUUGGUUGAAAAUGCUGACGAAUGCAUGGUCCUUGACAAUGAAGCACUCUAUGACAUCUGCUUCCGAACUCUCAAGCUCAGCACUCCAAGUUUUGGAGAUCUGAACCACUUGAUAUCAGCAACCAUGAGCGGAGUAACAUGCUGUCUCCGUUUCCCUGGUCAGCUCAACUCUGACCUCAGGAAACUUGCUGUGAAUCUCAUCCCAUUCCCUCGUCUCCACUUCUUCAUGGUCGGAUUUGCCCCACUCACCUCCCGUGGAUCGCAGCAGUACAUCUCCCUCACCGUCCCUGAGCUGACUCAGCAAAUGUGGGAUGCCAAGAACAUGAUGUGCGCUGCCGACCCCCGCCACGGCCGGUACCUGACUGCCUCAGCCAUGUUCCGUGGCAAGAUGAGCACAAAGGAAGUCGACGAGCAGAUGAUCAACGUCCAGAACAAGAACUCGUCCUACUUCGUCGAGUGGAUCCCCAACAAUGUGAAGUCGUCCGUGUGCGACAUCCCACCCAGAGGGCUGAAGAUGGCUUCAACUUUUGUUGGGAACUCGACUUCAAUCCAGGAGAUGUUCAGGAGGGUGAGCGAGCAGUUCACUGCUAUGUUUAGGAGGAAGGCUUUCUUGCAUUGGUAUACCGGAGAAGGGAUGGACGAGAUGGAGUUCACCGAGGCUGAGAGCAACAUGAAUGAUCUGGUUGCCGAGUACCAGCAGUACCAGGAUGCUACCGCAGAUGAUGAAGGGGAGUACGAGGAGGAGCCCGAAGAGUAUGAGGGGUAAGAGAAAGGCUGCAACUUUCUCCCAGUGUUCCGUAUGUCUGUGCUUAAUCGCUAGUUUUUGUGUUCUUCUCGUUUGUUCCUUGUUUCUGGGAGGUUUGUGGAUGAUGUUUGAUGGGAAUAAUUUCCGACCAUUAUUUGCUUGAGGGAGUAUGAGAGGAAGGAGGAGGAGCAGUUUCUUUGUUACUUGCUUUUUUCGUAUUCAAUGGCUGAAUUAUUACUUGGUGUAUGUUUCCUUUUUGUGGGCUAUGGUGGAAAUUUUUCUUGGACUAGCAAUUGGGGAUGUGUUUUUGAGGCUGUUGCUGUCAAUCUUUUUUGGCAAAAUACAAUUGUAUAUCCACGACUAUCAGGUUUGUGACAAAUAUAUCCACAACUAUCGAAAUACACGAA